GCACAGAUGACCAAGGACGCGCGAGAAAGGAAGAGGAAGUUUGAGUUUCGAACGCCGCAGAAAGAAGCGUCUCCGUUUGUAUUCACGAAGAAGCAGCAGCGACCAAACAAUAAUCACGACGGUGGUGCCACGACCCGUGCCACUACUGGUCCGUCCCACGCAACCAAGUCGUCCAAGGGCAAAUCGACACAACAUGCAUCAAGCGCUGUUGCAUCGUCAUCGACACAGUGUCGCCAGGCAGACGCAACAGCUGAUGUGUACUCGACCCCCACAAACGUACCCACCAAACAACCACGACAAUCCCUACCACAGCGCAUCAGCCCAGUCGAAACACAGAUACGAAAGGAAUUAGCGGCAUCCAAUGACUCUCGGAAGCUCGACAUCUUUGACGCGUUAUGCGGAGUGCUUCAUAAAAAGAUCCAACACCACGUGACAGCGAUGCAUCCUGGCAAGGACUCGACCCAGCUCGUGCACGUGUUGAACGCAGCAGCUGAUACGAUCAAGCGUGAGUUUGUCGUACAGAACGCGGCGCCUUCCUCAACCCACGCACACGACGGCAAUGCCGUGCAUACUGUCGUGGCGUCCCUUGAAGCGAAAUUACACAGGUAUGCCUUCCGAUUUCAUCCUUUUCAUCGCUUUGCCGUCGAGUUCGCAACACAUCGAUUGUGUUUGCCAUGCUGUAUGGUCGAACGAGCAUCCUUUGUGUACCUGCGACAACGCACAUGAUCGCGUCCGACCCUUGGCGGUGAUGCUGUCGACGAAGCCCUUUUCGUGGGAUCGCACGUGGGUGUCCAAGUCAUUGAUGAUACCGAAUAGCUUGACAGCGUGCGAAGCCGAGUGGAAACAAUUUCUCGACUCGAUGCCAUCGGCAUUGCGCACAGACAACGCCAACGAGUCGUAUCCAUCGCAGUUGUCGCCGGCCUCGUUGGAGUUUACAUCGAUCCCGUCAAAAAUUGCCCAAAAGCACCGAUCGCUGGCCGCCAGCGUCAGCGACGUUGGGACCAAGAUGCAACUCCUUGAGGCAUCGCUGGACGAAGUCGACCGAAUGGUGAACGUUUCCCACGCAAUUCGCGGGUCCUUGUUCGACUCGUUCCACGCCAGCGAGUUCAAGGGCUACUCGCACAUGCAAACCCCAAAGGAAGCCAUCAAGUCGCUGAUGGCGCUCUUGUCGUAGUCGUUGGAUACUAACGUAAAGCAUUCGCCGACGCGUUGACAACGUCCUUGGGCGGCGAAAAACCACGACCCCAGUCAUGCGGUCGCCGGCGUUCGACGACACGUGUGUCGGAGCCGAUCUCGGCAAAUGUACGUUCAUGAAUGAUCGCCCCACUGCGUUCGUCCCACGCAUCCACGGGUCCCACCCGCCUCU